AUGUCAGUGUUGCGAUUAAUCGGGAGUGAAAUAAUUUCCAUUUAUCGCCAAAGCUUACUAACGAUUGGGGCCGGCCAAACUAGAGCCCUUUCGUCAACGGCACUCCAGCGUCGCGCCACAAAACCGGAAAACGAGCAAUCGGAAGCAGUGACUGCAGAAGAAGAAACCGCACAGGAGGAUGGCGAUACGACCGCUUCCAAGGAACCAAUUGAUGAUCCAAAAGAUCGCACAAGGCUGAUCCCGGUGGAAACAAGCAUUAGAUAUCUGGCCAGUGAAGCGUACCAACAAACGUACCAGGGGGCACCGGUGUGGAAGCAAUAUCGCAGAAACCACAAGGGACCUAUUCCACCGAAUUUGACACGAAAAACGUGCAUCCGCAAGGGUCGCAUCUCGACGGGAAAUCCUUGUCCCAUCUGUCGCGAUGAGUAUCUGGUGCUAGAUCACAACAACAUUGAUUUACUGAAGCAAUUCAUUUCGCCGCAAACGGGAGAGGUACUGAGCUACCAGGUUACAGGGUUGUGCCAGAAGAAACACACCCAGCUGCUAGUUGCCGUCGAGAGGGCGAUGGAUCGGGGAAUGCUAACGUUCGAUGUGCCCUUCCGGGAGUACGAUUACAGUGAAUACUAUCCCGUAAAGGCCAACACUUCUUCGAAGUAGACCUUGCGAUUGUAGAUAGUUAAGUAAAACAAAAAUUAUACAACUAGCUAAUAAUAAGACGAUUCGUGUAGUGUGCUGCAUUUUGACUAGUGGUGCAA